AUGGCGAGUCCGAAGCAUGAUAUUGAUACGGAGGGACAGCCCCAUUAUGAGGCUACAUCCCCGCAUGAUGACGAGAGUCAAGAGACAGCAGUCGAGGAUGAGCAGAAGCCUGAGGGAUCCACACCCACCACCUGCGACGAUGAUCAGAAGACGACCUCAUCCUCCACGUUCGCCUCUGAGAAAAUGUCACUUUUCCACGAAUGCGUCUUCAUCGCAACGAUAUGCACGGCUCAAUUCACGACGCAAGUGGGCCUAACCCAAACACUGGGCAUCUUGCAUCAGAUCGGCGAUAGCUUCGGUAUUACAAAUCCCGGGGUACUUUCUUGGUUCAUUGCUGGUUAUAGCUUGACGGCGGGAACCUUUAUUCUCGUUGCGGGUCGGAUCGGCGAUCUGUUUGGUCACAAAAAGGUUUUCGUCAUUGGCAUGCUGUGGUUUUCUGUAUGGAGUAUGGUUGCGGGCCUCAGUGUCUAUUCGAAUGAGUACCUGUUUAUUUUCGCUCGGGUGCUUCAGGGACUGGGCCCUGCGGCUUUACUACCCAACGGGCUUGCACUUUUGGGAGUGUCCUAUCCACCGGGGCCAAGGAAGAAUAUGGCAUUCGCGUUAUUUGGUGCCUGUGCACCCGGUGGUGGUGUCUUUGGCUUCGUCUUCUCCGGUCUAUUUGAGUUAGCUUGGUGGCCGUGGACUUUCUGGAGUUUUGCUAUCGCACUCGUGCUGCUUGCUGGCUUCAGCACCCUGGUCAUCCCAUCGCAAUGCCGCUCGCACGACCAAGACAAGGGUUUGAAAGAGAAACUUCAAAUGCUCGAUAUUCCUGGGGCCGUCACCGGUGUCGCAGCACUGGUAUUGUUCAAUUUUGCGUGGAACCAAGGCCCAGCGUACGGUUGGCAACAAGCAUACAUCUACGUCUGUUUGAUCCUCGGUGUUCUCUUCGCAGUUGGCUUUUUCUUCGUUGAGUCUCGCUGGGCCACGAUGCCGCUUGUGCCCUUCAAGGUCUUUACGGGUGACAUCAUCUUCGUGGUUGGCUGCAUCGCCUGUGGCUGGGCCUGCUUUGGUAUCUGGGUAUACUAUUUGACGCAGUUCAUCGAAGUGUUGAGGGGUGCCUCGCCGCUGCUCCUAGCCGCAUACAUUUGCCCUGUUGCUGUCUCCGGCGCGUUCGCGUCCGUGGCUACUGGCUUCUUGCUGCAUCAUGUUCGUGCGGCGUGGGUUAUGACAUUCUCACUAACCUGCUUCAUGGUGGGAACUAUCCUGGUGGCGACAGCGCCAGUGCAUCGAACGUACUGGGCCCAGUUGUUUGUUUGCAUGCUAGUCAUCCCGUUCGGCAUGGACACAUCAUUCCCUGCGGCGACGGUCAUCUUCUCGAAUGCUGUUAAGAAGGAGCACCAGGGCAUGGGAGCAGCCUUGAUUGCUACUGUUGUGAAUUAUAGUAUCUCGCUCGGGUUGGGCUUUGCGGGUACGAUAGAGGUGCAUGUAAACAAUGGCGGCAAAACGCCUUCCGAUGUCCUCCUUGGGUAUCGCGGGGCUUGGUAUUUUGGAAUCGGGCUGACUGGGCUAGGCAUUGUGCUGAGUCUCGUUUUCGUUUCGAAAGGGUAUUGGCAGGACAAGAGGCGGAGCUCAGAGGGAUAA